AGAAAGGAUCAUGACAUGAGCCACAAUCUCCUUAAUCUCAAUUUUUAGAACCAUUAGCAUUGGGCUUUUCAGAUUCGUGACCACUCUGUAAUCAUAAGUAUCAAUACCAAGUUAUUUUAGGAAGUGCGGUAACACUUCGGAAGCAGCUCGAUGUGCUGAUGGGUGUGUACCGUAAUGGUGACGUAAGGGAGCUGAAUCGGAAGUACUAAGAUGGCGGUGUGUGCCGCCUCUACUUGUUCGGCCUUUGUCCUCACGAGUUCUUCCAAUUAACGAAAAUGGAUAUGGGGCAAUGUCCAAAGGUCCACUCUUUGCAGCUGAGGAGAGAAUAUGAAGAAGCUAAGGCAAAAGGCAUCGAUAAUUAUGACAGAGAGUUGGAAGAUGCUAUUGACAGGCUCAUUGUUGAGUGUGAUAGGAAAAUUGGUAGAGCUCUCAAGUGUCUUGAAGAUGAGGAUGCAAAGGCCGCUAUUGCUAUAUCAGUCUCUAAAGUUACUCAGAUACCAGAAGUACUAGAGCUUUCAAAGCAGAUUAAGGAGAAAUUGAAAGAAGCUGAUCAAUAUGAUCUUGAAGGCGAGACAGAUCUUAAAAUACGAGCUCUAGAAGAAGUAGAAGAGCUUAGAACUAAAAGAUCAACACUGCUUUUGGAUGCAUUCAAAAAAGAUCAGGCAUCUUUGCUCCAACCAUUGCUAAACCCUCCAUCUUUGGCACCACUAUUUGUGCCUGCACUUGAUCCUUGGACCCAGGAAAUGAUAAAUGAGAAGCUGAAGAAAGCUGAGGAUCUUGGUGAGAAGGGGAUGGUAGAUGAGGCACAAAAAGCAUUAGAAGAGGCUGAAGCACUCAAGAAGCUCUCUGCCAGACUGGAUUCCUCAAAGUAUAUUGCUGCUGAUGUUCACAUUGUGAGUUCGGUUUUUCUUUCUUUCAGUUUCAUAGAAGGAAAACUAUGUGACCGACGUUUGGCAGAUCAUUUUGGAGGCAAACUUCAUUUAGGCUAUAUGCAAAUCCGUGAUAAAUUAGCAGAACUUCAGGAAGAGAGAAACAAGAGCCGCAAACUUGACCAGUAUGAUGACAGGAGAUUGAAAGAAAGAAGCAGAGAUCAUGAGAGAGAAUCAAAUUGGGACCGAGACACGGAGGGAUUAUAAUCAAAGGAGCAGAGAUCGUGAUAGGGAUUAUGAGCGCUUUUUGACUUACGAUUCCAGAAGUCGCCAUAGGUCAUGUUCAAGGUCUAGGGAAUGCUCCAGGGAUCAUGAUCGCCACAGGCGUGACCGAUACUAGAUGCAUGAAUGCUGCCAAGAAGAAAAUGAAUACGAAACUGUUCUUGCUUAGGGAAGCCAACUUAUAUAGGGGAGUAGUAUUCCUCAGUUUAGUAAUUUGACAGUUUGUCAUGUGGUUGUAUCAACAUGUUUAAGAGGGUAUUUGUUGUUUUUUGGUACUUAGAGACUAGGGCUUAACCCCUACACUUGUGACCAAGAGCAUAAGUGACUACUACCAGAACGUAUGGUUGAUGGUUAAGAGGGUAUUUGUUACUUGGUGAUUUGUGUUUGGUACUCGGUAUCAUUGGAGAUAUCAAAUUACAUUCGAAAGUUAAAUGGCAAACUGCUGGGAGUGUAAGCUCAUCCAUUGAUACCAAACAUCACUUAAAGAAUUAUCUAUGAGGAAAGGAGUGUGCUCUAAGUAUGCGAAUUGAACAUCUCCAAUGUGCAAAGUGGCUCAAUCUGUCCCAUCUUGUGUGGCCUAUUAUCACACACAAAGUAAAAAAAUGUGAAUCUC